AUGGCGAGCAAACACGAUGUAGACAUUCCCGAGCUUUUCCGUUUCACCAAAGUGAACCACAACAAGCCGUACCCCUUCAUCUCACCCACCCGACCGGAGCUCACAGCAGCUGGAAAGAAUGUUGUUGUGACGGGCGGAGCCAUUGGGAUCGGCAAGGCUAUCGCUAUAGGUUUCAGCCAAGCCGGUGCCAAGUCGGUCGCCAUAAUCUCGCGUCGCCUUAACCGCCUAGAAGCUGCGGCGGCUGAGAUCAUGGCCGCCGGGCCCGCUACUCGCGUUGUCUACGAAUCUGCCGACCUCACCGACAGGGCAGCCGUUGAUGGCGCCAUGAAGAGAAUCACGGAUCAGGUGGGUAAAAUCGACAUAUUCAUCUCCAACGCUGGCAUACUGCAGGACUCGUCAUCAGUGGUGGGGUAUGAUGUGCGCGAGUUGACCCGAGGCUUUGAGCUCAACGUCAUCGGGCCUUUCAACGCCGUGCAGGCUUUUGUACCGCACGCGGCCCCUGGUUCUAUGCUCUUCAAUGUCUCGUCAUCAGUCGCCCACAUCGCACCGAUUCCCGGCAUGUUUGCGUACGCGGCUACCAAGGCGGCCAUCAUCAAGAUGUUUGACUACGUUGCAGCUGAGAACCCUGGCCUGCAUGUUGUCCAUGUGCAGCCGGGACUAGUCGAUACGGAGAUGAACGUUGAUUCACCCGUCAAGGGUCAGGACGAACCUGAACUCCCUGGUUCCUUUCUUGUGUGGCUUGCGUCGCCGGAAGCGAAAUUUUUGAAGGGGAAGUUUGUCUGGGCAAACUGGGACGCGGAGGAGUUGAUUUCGCGGGCUCGGGAGAUUCAAGAUUCGAUGCUUCUGCAAGUGCAUCUAGACGGUGUUCCCAUGUAG